AUAGAUGCCUAGUACUAAGUCUCAUCGUCCUACCUCGGUGGAUGGCUUGGACUUUUGAAUAGUUCAAGACUCUUGGAUGACCACACUUUAUGCAAAAUUUGGAAUCUUCCUGCCUGGACUCCUUCUCAUAUUUUAAGGGUUCAUGUUGGGGAGAGGUCUAAAACGCAAGCUGAGCGACUAUGAGGAGAAUGUGGCUGGUCUCUCUAGUGCCUUUGAUUCCAGUCGAAAUCUGCCAUAUCCACUUAAGAGGCAGUUGGUGCUUAAUAUGUGCCUCACCAAGUUACAGACUUACAAAAUGCUGGUGGAACCGAACUUGCAUCGUUCUGUCCUCAUAGCCAACACAGUACGGCAAAUUCAAGAGGAAAUGAGACAAGAGAGUAGUCAGCCAAUUAAUGUCUGUGCUGGCAUUGCUCCUAGUUCUCACAGCUACACAGGGAUGGAGUCACCUGGAAUUUCUCUUCAGUUACCUUCAGGUAUUAGCCAGCAAGAGUCUAACUGUUGUGACUUGCGAUCUGUAGAAGACCCAAUUGAAAAUAGCCUGCUGAUAGUUUCGGAUGAUGAUAUGUCAUCUGCUAUUUCAUCUAUUCUGAAGGAUUUAGACUUUGUAGAAGACAUAAGCCCACCUACUUGUUUGGUUCCUUCUGGAGAUGACCAGCCAAAGUUUCCAGAAAAUACUGGUCUAAAACUAGAAGAUGAUAGACCGGAUUUGAAGGGAGCUGAAUGCGUGUUCGGUUCCUUUGAGAUUUCAAAUUCAACUAGUUACUUGAAGGAUUUGGCAAUAGAUGACAUUUUUGAAGAUAUUGACACUUCAAUGUAUGAUUCAGACUUUUGUUGCCCUCCACUAAUGCCACCCAGACCACCACCUGUUGCUACAGAAGAACCAUUGAAAACCUUUCCAUCUUGUAAUUCUUCUUCAGCAAGCAACAUUCAGAUAUGUAGAACGGAUCUGAGUGAAUUGGACCACAUCAUGGAAAUUCUGGUUGGAUCCUGAUGCUCGUUUUACCCAAAGAUACUUUCCUGACUGCCGCUUUCAGUUGGUUUAGGGAUAAAAGCCACUGGAAAAGUUGUAAAGAAUUCCUUAAAACACAACCUAAAAAUAAUUUGUCUAUAGAGGAAUCUUCUAAAUAUUUCCAAAACUUAUAAACCAAAAAGUGGCAGAUUUUUUUUUAAAAAAGAAAUAUUUAUUUAUCAGAACUGUGCAAUCAUCUUUUUCCUUCCAGGGUGUAUGUGGAACAAUGGGCACAUACCCGUACCACCCCUCAUGCCUCUUUCAAUAAACCUUUUUAUGUGCAAUUUUUAAUUUGUCAGAAGAAUUUACAUGCAAAACAAAAUUCAUGAGAGAUGCUCUUUUACAAAGCCUCCACUUUAUUUUUAAUAUCAGAGUCUAUGCCAAGUUGGCAUACGUCAAGUUGCAUAGUUGGAUUGCAUGGAUCCAGCCACGUUACUAGAGAUGAGUAUAUUUUAAAAAUGAGACACAUUUUGCUUUCUUUUGGUCAGAAAAGCCGAUCAAGACACUUGUCAACAAAGUCUCUUGCAUUUUCUAAAGCAUUCAGAACUAUUUAUUUUUGUAAAUUUUAUAGUCUUUCUACAUUUUACUAUGUUAUUUCAUCAUAGUUCAAAUAUAUUGGACUUCUAGUUGGAUGUGUUUAGCACUACCUCUGAGCUGAAAUGCUUUAACUCUUUCCAGUGCUUCGUGUAAGACUGCAAAUCGUGUUUCUGUCUUUUUUUUUUUUUUUUUUUCUGGGGAAAAAUACUUCUAACUCAUUAAGCUGAUCCUUUGACAGUGACCUAGCUGAUUUGUGAAAUCAAGGGUAUUCAAUGUUUAAAAACUAAGUAUUUACAAAUGUAAUUUAUAUGUAGGUUGUGCAAUUUAACAUUUUUCUGUCAGUAUUAUGUGCUUAGAUUUUGAGUAAUCUUGGCAUUCUUUAAAUUAAAACUUACUGUGUACAGGUAGCUUUUUUUAAUCUGUUUUGGAAAACACUGUCUUUCAACCCUGCUUUCACUACAAAGUUUAAGAUGAUUUUUAUGUGCAAUAUUAUUUAAAAAGAUACACACUUGUAUACCUGGCAUUAUAGAAAGAAACGCUUCAAACUUAAAACUUGUAGCACCUUUGGAGGAUACUUGAAGAGUCAACGUUUCUGUAUCCUUUAAGAAACAAAGUUGAAAACACUUCUUAUUGCACCAGUGCUUACUGUUUUGAAUACUCCUGAAAUACUCAGUUACAUGUGGUGAGUCAGUACUGAUGACUAAGUACCAUCAUGCAGCUCUGUCUGUGAGAGCUCAGGGGUCUGACCGCUCGGAUGCGGCGUUAGGACUGGGGCCUACAUGUGCUUCAGAAGCAUUGUGAUGGUUGCUGAUGAUUAUGCUGCAGAUAGUACUGAAGAACUGGGGGAGGAGGGGGUUUUGUGUGUAUGUGUGGGUGUGUAUAUAAAUAUAUAUAUAAGCGCACUCAUUAACUGAAGAUGACAUUUGCAGUGAGAACUAUUUUUCCAUAUGACAGUUGGGAUACUGUGUUUCAGCUUGAACUGAGGUGUCUAUAUUGAUCCUUGCUUUUGUCUUCUGAACUACACACUUGCACACUUUAGUUUUGAACUAUACAACUUUUGUUCUUGAAAGCUGCAGCACCUGCCUCAUGGAAAAACUCAUAGCUGUAAAAGCUUUUAAAAAGCUUUUUUUUUUUCUUUUUUUUUUUUUCUUUUGCUUUGGUUCUGCUGAGACUUUUCAUGAAUAGGGCAUCUGCAGAGGAGGAAAAUGUUCCCCACGUUGCAUCUCAUAAGAGUUGGAAUCCUGGGCCUGUUGAAGGGGCUGGGAGGUCACCUACUAUUUCUAGUCUUACCGGAUGCUGUAGCACACUUACCUUGUGCGAAGAUCUCCUUUUUUAAAAAAUUAUUUUUAUUUUUUACUGUAACUAUUUUGGUUAACAGUUAGCUGCCAAUACAAUUUGGUAUCCCAAACCAGUGGAGAACCAGUUCAGGUCACAUCCUCACAGCCAUUUGGGUUGUUUAGCAGCCGAAGGGUAUAAAUGUAUUUAUAUGCAUAUAAUGUAUUGAUUCUAAUAUAAAACUUCUGAUCUAAAGUAUUUUGAAUUGCUGGAUAAAGGGAUUUGUUUGAAGAGUGUAUAAAUAGUUCUUGAAGAGGUACAGCUUCAGAAUGUACACAGAUUGUGCAUUGUGUAUAGACUACUCUGGCUUUUUGUCAGCCUCUACUUUUGUAUUAAAGAUAUGCCUGAAUAAAUCCUUGAAAUAUUAAGAGCCUUCUGCACUGUGAUGAAGCAGAGUUGUUGCUAAAAUGUCUUUGAAUUCAGUGAUGAGGAAGAAAAUGAAAAGACUGCAUCUAAUUUCUUUUUUACAUUUCAAAAUACAGAAUGUUACUAUGCAGCAAAGAUCAUGUUUUGGUAUGAAACUUGCAUCAUGUAGCAAAUAGUGAACACACAUCAAAUCUAGUUACCUUGUUAGCCCUACAGAAACAUACGAUAGAAGAAAAUGUACUUUUCAGCAUUUACAUGCUAAAAGUGUUUUUAUACACUUCAGAAAUGGAUCAAAAUUGUUGGUAGACAUUUUAUCAACAAAUAAUUAAAAAUGUAGUUGUUAAAGUGCUUGCUGCAAAUCUCUACUUCUAAUUGGUUGCUUGCAUCACAGUGCCAAGACCAUAAACUGGUAUGUAAUGCAGUUUGGUUAGGUAUGGAAUUACGUGCAAAGGGAAGUUUAAUUUUUAAAUAUGCACCAACUAAUUUUGAAUUCUUUUUGUGUAAAAUGAAGCUAGAGGCUAGUCAUGGUGGACCUAUUUAUUGUAUGUUUGGAAAUAAAAGCCACAGUUUUGCAGUUUAACCACUUACAUUUUGAAGCCUUCAGUAUUUAAC